UCCAAUCUUAAACCACGUCGGUGGAUACCCAAUGCAAUGUCCCAAACGGGCGACUAAACACCGACCCAUCGUUCCUCCUCGUAGCUGCUAACAUUUUUCACAUCUGGGGCUGGGGGCCUGAAGCAAAGCACUUGAUUUCAGAGCCAAAUUGGGCCGUUCAUCGAGGUUAAACCAAUUCAAGGGCUUCAAUCAGCAAUCAGCUUCUCUUUCCUCAAUGACCCAUUUCUUCCCUCUUCACUUUUCCAGUUCCCAUGUCGUUGUUCGAAUGUUUUGGCCUUGAGCCACCACAAAAUCGCUUACGACACCAUCCAUUUCAAGUAUAUCAGCAUCAGCAUUUAAAACCCUCGAAGGUUGGGGUCCUCUUGAACUGAAGCAUCCUCUUCUGUGUCGAAACUCUCAGAAUCGUAUGGCAAAUGCAGUGCCAGAUUCAUUUCUAGUCGAUUUCCCGAUGACCCAGGUAGCCUCAAUGCAAGAGAUGCUUUGGUUUCGAGGAAAACGAGGAGGAAGACGACUGAUAUUAGGAAGCUUUCAAAUAGUUGUGGGGAGCUAAUUAUGUUGGCAUUUUAAAAUGUCAUUUGUUGUUCAUCCUCAAACCAGGGACAUUCUGGUUAGUCCUUCCAUUGCCCCUCUGCAACCUUCUUCUUCAUUGGCAUAUAACAGCGACUACCAAAAACAAUCAGCUCUUCCCAGUUCCUCUAGCAGUAAGAUAAGCCCUGCUGUUCUUCUAGUCAUAGUUAUUCUAGCUCUUCUCUUUUUCAUCUCUGGUCUUCUUCACUUGCUUGUGAGAUUACUUGUGAAGCAAAGAUCUUCACCAUCAUCAAUUCCUGAAUCCAAUAGUAAUAGGUUUCUGGAAAUGUCUGAUUCAUCUGCCUUCCAAAGACAGCUACAGCAGCUCUUCCAUCUUCAUGAUUCGGGUUUAGAUCAAGCCUUCAUAGAUGCACUCCCUGUGUUCCUUUACAAAGAGAUAGUGGGAUUAAAAGAGCCAUUUGAUUGUGCUGUAUGUCUUUGUGAAUUUUCAGAACUAGACAAGCUAAGAUUGCUCCCUUCUUGCAGUCAUGCUUUUCACAUAGAUUGUAUAGACACAUGGUUGCUUUCUAACUCAACGUGCCCUCUUUGUAGAGGGACCCUUUACUCACCUGGACUUGCCAUUGAAAACCCUGUAUAUGGUUUUGAAGAUUCAGAAGAAACAGAGGAAUCUACAGAGGAUGGAAGAAGAAUUAGUAUCCCUACAGCUCAAAAAGCUCCAGAGAGUGACAUUAAUGGUGAAAAGAGGGUGUUUUCAAUCAGACUUGGGAAGUUUAGGAACUUGAAUAGUAAUGGAGGAGUGAGAGGCUUGGAGAAAGGAGAAGGAGAAACCAGCAGUAGCAGCAGCUUGGGUGCAAGAAGAUGCUAUUCAAUGGGGUCUUAUCAGUAUAUUGUAGCUGAUUCAGAAUUGCAAGUGGCAUUAAGUACGAGCAAUCUAAGAGAUUCACAAACUGGGAAUUGCUCAGUUGAUGAUGAUAAUGCGGAAGGGAAGAAGAUUAAGAUUGGAAGUAAAAAUGAAAGCUUUUCUGUUUCGAAGAUCUGGUUAUGGUCCAAGAAGGGUCGACAGCCAAGUGGCGCAGACACCCAUGUGCUGCGAGCUAAUUAAGGUUCUGGUGUUGUGUCAGGGACUGGUAAUCUCAAGGUACUCUUCAGUUUUGAGGUGCUCAUUGUGUUCUGUACUUUCUGCAUCAGAUAUCAACGGCCUUGUUCUUUGGAAAAUGAUAAUAAAAACGAAUCUUCGAGGCCUGCCUGCCUUUAUCAUAUGGUUAUACUAAUUAAUAGCAAUUUCUUUCUAUUGAUUGCUCUUUGUUGCUUUGAAUGCCACUGGCCCGUGAACUUCCCUUUAACUAAAUGAGUUUGAGCCAACAAGGCCUCCGUGAUAUGAAAAAUGCCAUAUUUGGUGCAAUUGCUUCACCGUUGAUGUACCUGUAUGCUUAUUCUUUCAGUAAGUUCCACUAAUUCUUAACCCAUUGAUGGCGUCGGUUUCUCGA